CCAUCCCCAAGACCUGGGAUUUUCUUUCCCCUCUCCGCUAAAUUGCAACUACUGUGAUCUCCUACAGUCGCCUACUUACGUUUUACACGGCAGGUUUCCCGCGCAUCCUGCCCGGUCCGUACGCGUCUCACCACCACUGAACCCCUCUCGUUGCCUCUCUCAAAGCUGCCGCAUACAGCUCCCGAAUCUCCGGAACAAUGGCUCCCCGGGGCCCUGCGAAGGCUCGCGAGUUCGAUUAUGCCAAUGUUGGCAAAGCUGGAAGGCGCACGGGGUUAAUGUUGAAGGAAGGGAAACGUGAUGAAUAUGGAAUGGAAGAAGUUGACGGGAUAUUCUCUUCGCCCGAGACGUCGCCCGUAAAAGAGAAUGGCUUCAGUGACCGAGCUGAGGAUUCUACCGGCUCGGAUGGCAUGUCUAUCGACGAAGGGAAUGGUCCGCACCCCACCGAUUUCCUAAAGAGCAGACGGAGCUCUUACUUCCCGCCUCCUGUUGCGCGCUCUCCGAUGAAGACCGGGCUGACUGGCUCACCUCGGAGGACUCCCGGCUUGCGAUCCUCCCAAAGUCCGCAACGCGAACAGCCGUCUUCCAGUCCCUCAGACGGUAAAGGCCUGGGGAGUGCCAGGGGGGAAUCACGACGAGAUGUAUCUCCACUUACUAGUCGUUCCAUAAAUGCGCCACCGGUUCUAAACCAAGUCAAUGGUGCACGGAACAACAAACUUAACGAUGAACCAACAGAGGAGCCUAUGGACUCCGGCUUUUCCGAUAGCGAUACCGAGAAUCAGCUAAACAGAGACGAGAACGGGCAUUCAUUUGCACAGACACACGACGACUUUAUGGACAGCUUCAAUGCAGGCGAUGAUGCCUUGACGGACGACCAUGCAGAUGAACAAGAUGACACUGGCGCCGACCUGGACUCGCCGGUAACCGUGUCUGAAUCCCGCAGCAAGAGAGGGCAAGCCAAACCCGUUCCAAGGGUUGUGAGAGGUGUGAAAGGUGCAAGGGCCGGGGCAUCCACGGCUACGCAGGAGCAUGAGAUUGAGGAAGAACAGCCGGCACAAAAGCGCAAACGUCCUGGGAGGCCGCCGCGAACGCAACGCAAGACUAGCGAUGAAGUGGAGAAAGAACGGCCGUCGAAAAAGCCCAGGGUAUCGGACAAAGCUGAUAAAAACCCAAGUCCUUCAGGCAAUGCAGAGCUGGACAAGGUAGUGGAGAACUAUGUCAACCGCACAGGGCCUUUGAAGGGCCGGAGUCUCUAUAUCCUGAAGCGCGAAGUACCUUCCGAAGGCGCUGCCACCCAUACACGAUCCGGGCGUGUUUCUGUCAGACCUCUUGCAUACUGGCGAAAUGAACGAUGCGUCUAUGGCGAUGGUGAAGCUGUGGAGGGCCAGCGGUAUCCGCUAUCGACCAUCAAGGAGAUCAUUCGCACGGAAGAACUCGAGCCAGAGAAACCGAAAUCGAACAAGCGCCGCCCUAAUAAGAAAUCCAAAUCAAGGAAGGGUAAAAAUGAUGAUUCCUCGGAUGAAGAAGACGGGUAUGUUGAUCCCUGGGAGAAGGAAAGUGGGAUCUUGCAUGGCUAUAUCAGGAGGUGGGACGAGGAAGCCCAGGCAGUUGGUGAAGAAGAGGAGAUCGUUGACCUUGCGUACGCCCCUGCUGGGAUGGAGACAAGGAGUGUCAAGGACUCCUCGUGGCGGUUUGCCAAGCUUCUCAGUUCGCCUUUCUUGGGCUCUGGAAUUGUUGAACUGCCGCCUGGAGGGGUAAAGAAGCCCAAGAAUUCUAAGAAGAUGCACAUGGUUUUCUACAUCUGCCAGGGUCGGGUGCAAGUAGACAUCUCCGGUGUACGAUUUAGUGCGGGCAAAGGGUGCGUCUUCCAGGUACCAAGAGGCAACUAUUACAGUUUUGCCAAUACGCAGAAUAAAGAUGCCCGACUGUUCUUUACUCAAGGCUGCGUCCCGGUGGAGAACGACGACUCUGCCCCCGGGUCGGCGACCAAACCCGGUGCCAUGGACGGGGACUCAAGCACACCGACUGGCCGUCCGACCGGCGUAAAAGGUCGACCGAAGGGCAAACAGAAAGCAGGCGGACGUAAGGCAACGUGA